AAUAAAAAUUGGGAAGGAAGUUAAAAAUAGGCAUUUUGUUUGACAACUUUCUAACUUUUAAUUCAACAUGUUUGUAAAAUAGUGGUACAUAUUUGAGCUCUGCCUCGCCAUGAGCUCAGUUUCUCAGGUUUUAAGGCAAGCAGAUUCAUUGAAAGUUACAGUUUCUGAUUCCAGUAAAAGUAUACCAGAACUAUGGGUGCCACGUCAAAGACUAGAGGAUCUUUACAAGAAACUUCUUUUAAUGGAUCUAGAAUAUGCACUGGAUAAAAAGGUUGAACAAGAUUUGUGGAAUCAUGCAUUUAAGAAUCAGAUAAAUAUACUUCAGGCUCAGACAAAAGAUAAACAGAAUACAAAAAGAGGAGAAAGUCAAGCUAGUCUUAAUUUAUUUUUGGAGAAUGCAAGUGGAUUCUAUCUCCAGUUUCUACAGCUGGUCUGUACAACAUUUAAAUUAGACUUACCAUUCAGACGUAAAUCAUCAGCUUAUGGUGUAAUGAAAGAAAAAUGUCCUCUUAAAGCCAAGAUAAAUCCGCCUACUAAGAACUCUUGUCUGUAUAUUUGUCAACAUUGUUUAGUACAUCUUGGUGAUAUUGCUCGUUAUCGACAGCAAAUUGACCAAGCUAAGACUUACUACAGACAUGCAGCCAAUCUAGUUCCACAAAAUGGACAGCCAUAUAAUCAGAUGGCAAUUCUAGAAGCUGCCCGAGGAAAUAAACUUUUAACUGUCUUUUAUUAUAUAAGAAGUUUAGAUGUCCGACAUCCAUUUCCUGUAGCUGCUACGAAUUUAGAAAAGUUCUACACAAAAUUAGCUAAGGAUGUUGUGGAUUACAAAGGAAAGUUGUCUAUGACAGAAGUAAUAAGUGUGUUUCUACAGUUUCAUGCCUUAGUGCAUUUAACUGCAGAUUUAACCAAAGCUGGUAUAUUAAAGGAGAGAUUGUUAACAAGUCUACCAGCACAUAUUACAUCACAAAGUUUUCAUACCAGUUUAUUGUUACAGUUUGUUACUGUAACAAUAUUCUCUGUUCAUCAUGCUAGAAAUGAUCCCGGAGAGGAUGGAAAUUUUGGUCCGGCAGCAAAAGCUAUACAGUUCUGUCGAGAUGAAGAGAAGAGUUAUGAACUGGUUUUUACUUUCAUCUGUGGAUUAUUAGAGAGUCUAGUACAGAAUACACCUAAACAAGAACAGAAAGCUAGAGAAUUCUUUACGCUACCUGCUAUUAAAAUUAUACUGGACUGGUUGAGUUUAAAUAAUGAUCUGAUCUCUACUAUACCGUCUUCAAAUUUAUGGAGUCAUCUGGCCAAGUUAUUGAAUAAUAUUCAGUCAUCACCAGACAAGGAAAAUGUAGAUUUAUCAAAAUAUGGAGAACAACCCUUACCAGAAGAUGUUGAUUUAAGAUGUUUUAGACCAAUUGAAAAAUGCCAGAGUACACUAAGUUAUAGUAAGUUUUCUCUUGAUAAUGUACCAUCAAAUAUUGAAGCUCAGUUAAGAUGUCAGAGAUUGGUGGCUCAUGGGAAAAAAAUUGCUCAAGAAUUAACAGGGAACAAGGUUUUAACAUGUCAGACAGGUAAAACCGGUAAACUUGAAUUUCACUCUACAGUUGUGGCUAAAGGUACACCUACUCAACCAUCAGAGAAAAAAAGUGGUCGACAAAAUAUUGCCAUGCAGACAAUUUACCAGAAACAUGGACAAAAGAUGGGUGGUGGCGAUGUAAAUAAAAAGUUGGAGGUUGUGACUACAGAGAACACGACUUCAGGUCAAAGGUCACCAAAAUAUAUUUUAGGCAUACCUACCACUGAACCUCAGUUUAUGAGACAUGGCGGUCAGGGCAGACUGAACCAAAGUCAACUCCCUCCUCGACUACAGAAUCAACAAAAUCAACAAAAUCAUCAACAACAACAACAAUUUAACAACCAAACAUCAAAUGUUACUUCACCACCUGCAGAAGAAGCAUCUCUAUCACCAGGUAGUAACUAUGGUUACAGGAACCCUACCAACAUGUCUGUACAAAGAGGACAAUUUCAAGAUGUCUCCAGUCCACCAAAGCACGAUUCCAGCCCCAAUCAUCCACCACAAUAUAAUAUGGUUCCUGGUAUGUCACCAUACCAACAAGAACAUUUCAGAAUGUCUUCACCAGCCCAAGGUCAAGGUCAGACCUACAGUGAAAGUCAAAAUAUGCCACCUAUGGCUACAGGCCAGAUGCGAAUGCCACAUAUGAUGCCACCUAAUCAGAACCUGGGACCUAUGACUCCACCACCCAACCUUCAGCUACUUAAUGCUAUCAAAAUGGCAGCCAUGGGGCCAAAUGCUGCUAAAGGAAUAAUGGGAAUGAAUCAAGCAGGAGUACCAAAUGUUCCAGGAAUAAUGCCACCACACAUGAAUUAUAAUCAAGGAUCUGAUCUCCCUCCAGGACCAACAACAAUGCAACAGAGAAUGAUGAAACCAGGCCAGAUGUUGCCAAAUUUCCCGGCCUUCUCUAAUGUGAAUUAUGUGGGAACUACCCCUUCUAGUGGUGGAUCUCGACAACCUGCUCCUAACAACAUGCCUAGAUUUGUUACCAGUGAAUCUAUGUUACAAAGUGGAAAAAGUAUGAUGGCUGGAUAUUCACCUCUUACUAUACAACCUCCAAAACAAAAUAUUAUAGAUUCACGGCUGACAUCAACAUUUCAAGGUCAUGCUGAGGGAACUCCUAAACCUGAGAAUAUGGCUGUUGAGAAAAGAGAAAUAGAGAGUCUGGUUGUAACAACAGUAGCACCACCUACACAGCCUGGAGUUUAUUCUUUAUUUAGUAGUUCAACCCCAUGGUCUGUCUCCUUACCAACAGCUAGUGACUCAAAAAGUGUAGGUUCAUCACCAUUUUCUUCAGCUGCUAGUAGUAUGAGGAAUUCACCAGAACAUCAGUCAGACUUUACACCAGGUGGUGCACCUAAUAACCCUACUAUACCGUCUUCUAAACAAACUUCAAACAUGUCUGCUUCUCCUAAUUAUGAUCCAAGUCCUAGAUUUAAUACACCAAGUGAGAACUGGAAUCAGCAAGUUACCAUGAUGAUGGGAGAUGGUUCGAGUCACAUGGUUGGUACAUCGAGUACAAAUCAUGCUCCACCACGAUAUGUCCAAAAUAAUAUGCAGAUGUUUUGGACCAACCAAGGAAAUCAAGGCAUGUCGCCUUUGGAGAAACUACUAGAAAUGCAGAAACAACGCCAGAAUGAUCCACACUGAAGGAAGGAUGGAAUUGCGAGAAAUGGUUCAACUUACAUAAAAUGACUGUUCACUGUUGACUAUCUAGUGACAGUUAAAUCCAUUCUACUUCUAAAUGUGGCCAGAAUUUCACCAACAACAUCCUCUUAAUUCAUCGUUUGAGUGAUUCAAGAAAUAUUGACAAAAAAUGGCAAUGAUUUAUGGGAAAGGAACGAAGAUCAAAUGAAACAGCUUUGGUACCAAAGUUGGUACCCAUGUUCACCAAAAGUGAAUGUAAAAAAACGGUACCGAAAGUGAUUUGUUUUUAGAGUGAUGUUUUGGUUAUGAAUUUUGGAAUUAGAAGUGUAGCGCUGUAUAAUGAAAUACAUAUAUAAUGUGAAUAUAGAUAUUGAAAUGAUAUUUAUAAUAUAUAUAUACACCGUAAGCUACUCAAAUAAAAAGCUGACUUUAAAAUGAUUAUGUCUCGGGUACAACAUAUAACAAACUCUUAUUUGGUUAUGGUAUGAGACAUUACAGUGAUGUAUAUAAUCAUACUAAAGCUUAUGUUUGAUUAAAAUAUUUUGUAAAUAAGCAUGACAAGAUUUCCCGGAAUUUUAAGUCUCAUUAUAUUAAAAAAUAGAAAAGAAGAAACAAAGAAAUUGUUGAAAAAAAUGAAAAUAAAAUUCAUUUUUAUGUGAUAAGUACAUAUAGUGUUUUAUGUAGCUUGAAAAAAUGUGAAUAUGCUUGAAAAUUAUCUUUAGUUAAAAAGUCCUUAAUGUGUUAAGAUUGAUGAUUGUGCUGUUUGGUUUAAUGGGGGUUUUUUUUUUCAGCCAACAGACGCUUAAUAAAUUCCCUUUUUUUUUUUUUGAAACGUGGUAAAAAUUAUUAACCCAUAUAUGCACAUAUUUGCUGAUUAUUUUGUAAAUUACUGUUUUCUCAAAAAAGUGCGUAUUGAUAAUUGCAGUGGCUGAUAUUAUUGUUAGCUGGUGGCCUGAAGAAAGAAAUAGAGAUUUUUCAACCCUGUGGUUAGCUUUUGAAAGUUUAAGAAUCCGGAGAAUUGCAUGGAUCAUAACUUGUCUGAAGUUUAAUUGGUUGUUAAAAUGAAUGAGAAGUUUUCAGUAAUGUAUAUCUGUAUUAUUAGGAUGUUAAGGUACCAGUUUAAAGGAAUGAAUGAACAUUCUCUAUAAAUUUGAAACUUUGAGACUAAUAAUGUGAGUGAUGGACUGAUUAAAGUGACACUCCCUCCAAUCUGAGCACAAAAUGUUUGUUGUUUUUGUCACCUGGAUACUAAAGUGAUCAUUACGCUUUUCGAAUAUUAAAAUAAAUCAUUCAAGCAAUUAAAUGAAAAGAGCUCACAAUAUAGAUUUGUUUUAUGAAUUUUGUGUUAAACUGAUUUUGAUCUCAAAAAAACAUGGAUGUUAAUAUUUGAAUAUAUCUGGAUAUACAAAGCUUAAAAUUUGUCACUUUAAUGAUAUAUAUUCUGUAGUUUUAAAUUUGCACUAGAGCCUCACUCUAGUGUGGUUCAGUAUAAGGUUGGGUGUAGAAUAGCAUCUGGUAUUAUUAUUGGGGGUUACGAUUAUCAAUCUGAAACUGUUGAAAUUGACAGCAUCACAAUUGAGUGACACAGAAUUGAACCUUGUCACAAUUUUAACAAUUCUAAAAAUAGAUGUGGUGUGAGCAGAUUCAUGAUACAAUCAAACAUUUCUGCUAUGGAGCAUAACUGGGGUUAUAUCAAAGCAGUGGCCCCCCUUGGGAUAUAGUUAAACACAUAUACACUGUUUAUGUUAAGACAUAAAAAUUAAUGGUUAAAUGUAUGUUUUAAAACAUUCAAGUAUGGAGACAUUUUAUGAAAAUAUAUUAUGUUUAUUGAAAACUGUGUGAACUUAAAGAUACCUUCCUAUGUACAAACUGUUUGAUUUGAUGAUGUAUUUUUUGGAUUAAAAAUAUAUUCAAACUAUCAAAAGUUUGCUUCGAUUCCCUCUCAAGACAUUUUAAUCACAAGAACUACAACAAGCCAUAAAAAUCUAUUUUAAGCACUCUUAAAAUGUUGAGUGGACAACAAGCCAACAGAUUCCAGUUAGUGAUCCUUUUCAAUUUUUAUCCAAUGUGUGUCCCAUGGAUGUUUUUCAGGGAAUCCAAAAUUUUCUAGUAAGAUUGGGUGUCUACUUUUUGUACAUACCAAAUUUGAAAACUAUCAUGGGAAUGUAUCUUUAAGUAAAGGCCCAAAUCCAUAAAUCUAUAUUAAAUGUAAUGUGAGAUAUCUUACAAUACAGUUAUGGAAGUUAGUCUUAUAGUAGACUUAGCAUAGAUUUAUGCAUAUUGGGCUAAAAUAUUAUUUUGGUGGUAAAGAUAUCUAAAGUUGCUCAGGCCAAUAUUGUUUAUUUGUGUAUUAAGUUUAGAAUUGCCUUUGCGAAAAUGGAAAACUAAGUGAGGAUAGUCUAUAAUCUUAAAAGAAAAUUGACUGUUACAAACUAAAACCUUUAAAUAUUUCAAAUUUUCAAAUAAAGGAUGAGUUCUAUUAAUUGUAACCGCAAAAAUUGUAUUUUACAGGAUGGUUUAUUUUUUAUGUAUGUUUUGAAAGUAUCUAAGACUUGGAUACAACCUUUAAUUUGCAGAUGCACAGGCAGUAUGUAGAAAAAUUUCUAAAACUCAGUACCAUUAUAUUAGAACGUGGGAUUGUUGAUGCAUAAAUGUAAUGUGAAGUGAUACUUACAUCUUUACAAAAAUAUCCGGCCUGUAAGAACAUAUUUUAGUUUGGAAUAUGUAUAACAGUUCAUGUAAAUCUAUAAGUAAUGUUUCAUCAAUAUUGUUAUAUAAGUUGUAUAGAAUGGUAUGAUAAUACAGCUUGAAUGACACACAUA